AUGUCAGUUUCUUAUGCUUUUUUCUCUUUUGAUAUAUUACUCAGUAUGAUUUGGAAAAACAAAUUGCAAGACGCUCCUUACGGAUUUUGCGUUUUUCAAGGAUUAGUAUUACAAUAUAUGUGUUAUGUUUCCGUAGCAUGUGCCCUAUGUUUUUCAAUUCAUAUCUAUCAUCUCCUUGUUCUUCGUAAGAAAACAACAACACAAAAAAUAUAUUAUGGAUUUAUUAUUAUCUAUCCGACUGUUAUGACUUGUAUAAUCAUGGCGCUUUCUUUGCAUUUCAAGGCCAUCAAACCAAGAAGGAUGAACUGUGAUAUUGUUUCUCCAUCAUGGAUUAGAUUACUCGCAAAUUCCGGAUCUAACCUAUUACUUAGUAUUCCAGGUGUUUAUUUCAGUGGGCGCUCUGCUUAUGCGGUAUGUAAACACUUGGAAUAUUUCAGGGAUUCUACAGAAUUAAGUAGUGGAAGCAGAGGACAAAUGGCGAGCAAUAACAGCAAUAGCGCACAAAUAAAGAGCCCAUCUUCUAUUAGAUGCUUAGAUCCUUCCUAUCAACAAAAUGAUUGCGGUGUAGAAAAUUUUUUAGAUUCAUAUCAACAAAGUGGUCCAAAUUUAAGCCCUUCCCAUCAACGAACAAAUUCCGACUUAAUAUUAAAUUUAGAACCUUCCCAUCGACGAACUAAUAAAUUAUCACAAUUAAGUACCUUUCCAGGAAAUCGAUCCACCUCAACUUUUACAAAAAACACCAGAAACUAUGACAUGACAAAAGCAGCAGCUAUACGUAUGGUACUUUUUGCAUCUUUAUUUGCACUUGUUAAUUUAUUAGCAAGUGUGGGUGCCGUUAUAGGGAUUAUUAAUGGACAUCCUAUUCCAACUGGUGUAACUGUAACUGAUUGGGUUGGUGGAUUUCAAGGAAUUUUAAUUAUCAUAGUAUUUGGAUUACCUAAUAAUUGGAAGAGAUUUUUGCGUAAAUCUUUAGUAAAA